GCUGCAUGGCGCUGAGAUGGCGGGGGCGCCGCGCGGCGGAGGCGGCGGCGGAGGCGGCGCGGGCGAGCCCGGGGGCGCUGAGCGGGCGGCCGGACCAGGCGGCCGGCGCGGGCUCCGGGCGUGCAACGAGGACUUCGCUUGCCCCGAGCUGGAGGCGCUGUUCCGCGGCUACACGCUGCGGCUGGAGCAGGCGGCCACGCUGAAGGCGCUGGUGGUGCUCACUCUGCUGGCGGGCGCGCUAGCAUUGGCCGAGCUGCUGGGCGCGCCAGGGCCGGCGCCCGGCCUGGCCAAGGGCUCGCACCCCGUGCACUGCGUCCUGUUCCUGGCGCUGCUGGUGGUCACCAACGUCCGGUCCCUGCAGGUGCCCCAGCUGCAGCAGGUCGGCCAGCUGGCGCUGCUCUUCAGCCUCACCUUCGCGUUGCUCUGCUGCCCAUUGGCGCUGGGCGGCCCCGCCCGGGGUCCCGCCGGGACCGCUGGGGGGCCGGCUACCGCGGAACAGGGUGUUUGGCAGCUCCUUUUGGUCACCUUCGUGUCCUAUGCUCUGCUGCCCGUGCGCAGCCUGCUGGCCAUCGGCUUCGGGCUCGUGGUGGCUGCCUCGCACUUGCUGGUCACAGCCACCUUGGUCCCCGCCAAGCGCCCACGUCUCUGGAGGACGCUCGGCGCCAACGCCUUGCUCUUCUUCGGUGUGAACAUGUACGGGGUCUUCGUGCGGAUCCUGACGGAACGCUCACAGAGGAAGGCAUUCCUGCAGGCCCGGAGCUGCAUCGAGGACCGGCUGAGGCUGGAGGAUGAGAACGAGAAGCAGGAGCGCCUCCUCAUGAGCCUCCUGCCACGGAAUGUUGCCAUGGAGAUGAAGGAGGACUUCCUGAAGCCCCCCGAGAGGAUUUUCCACAAGAUUUACAUCCAGAGGCAUGACAAUGUGAGCAUCCUGUUUGCAGACAUCGUGGGCUUCACAGGCUUGGCCUCCCAGUGCACGGCCCAGGAGCUGGUGAAACUCCUCAAUGAGCUGUUUGGCAAGUUCGACGAAUUAGCCACAGAGAACCACUGUCGCCGCAUCAAGAUCCUGGGGGACUGUUACUACUGUGUGUCAGGCCUCACCCAGCCCAAGACCGACCAUGCCCACUGCUGUGUGGAGAUGGGGCUGGACAUGAUUGACACCAUCACGUCCGUGGCUGAGGCCACUGAAGUGGACUUGAACAUGCGUGUGGGUCUGCACACGGGCAGGGUCCUCUGUGGCGUCCUGGGCCUGCGCAAAUGGCAAUAUGAUGUGUGGUCCAACGAUGUGACCUUGGCCAAUGUGAUGGAAGCUGCGGGCCUACCGGGGAAGGUUCACAUCACAAAGACGACCCUGGCAUGCUUGAAUGGGGACUACGAGGUAGAACCAGGCUAUGGACAUGAGAGGAACAGUUUCUUGAAAACUCAUAAUAUCGAGACCUUUUUUAUUGUGCCAUCCCAUCGCAGAAAGAUAUUUCCAGGCCUGAUUCUGUCAGAUAUAAAACCGGCAAAAAGGAUGAAGUUCAAGACCGUGUGCUACCUGCUGGUGCAGCUCAUGCACUGCCGGAAGAUGUUCAAGGCUGAGAUCCCUUUCUCCAAUGUCAUGACCUGCGAGGACGAUGACAAGCGGAGGGCAUUGAGAACAGCCUCAGAAAAACUCAGAAACCGUUCAUCCUUCUCUACCAACGUCGUCUACACCACCCCAGGUACUCGUGUCAACAGGUACAUCAGCCGCCUCUUAGAAGCGCGCCAGACAGAGCUGGAGAUGGCGGACCUGAACUUCUUUACCCUGAAGUACAAACAUGCUGAACGGGAGCAAAAGUACCACCAGCUUCAGGACGAGUAUUUUACCAGCGCCGUUGUCCUUGCCCUCAUCCUGGCUGCCUUAUUUGGCCUUGUCUACCUUCUGAUAAUCCCACAGAGUGUGGCUGUCCUGCUCCUGCUAGUGUUCUGCAUUUGUUUCCUGGUGGCCUGUGUCCUGUACCUGCACAUCACCCGGGUUCAGUGUUUUCCAGGGUGCCUGACGAUUCAGAUUCGCACCGUCUUGUGUAUUUUCAUCGUGGUCUUAAUCUAUUCGGUAGCCCAAGGAUGUGUGGUGGGCUGCCUGCCCUGGGCCUGGAGCUCCAAGCCCAACAGUACCCUAGUGGUCUUCUCAUCCGGGGGCCGGCGCACAGCACUGCCCGCCCUGCCCUGUGAGUCUGCAUACCACGCCCUUCUCUGCUGCCUGGUGGGCACCCUCCCGCUAGCCAUAUUCCUGCGGGUGUCUUCCUUGCCAAAAAUGAUCCUGCUGUGUGGGCUCACCUUGUCCUACAUCCUCGUCCUGGAGCUCAGUGGAUACACCAGAGCCGGGGGCAGCCCCAUCUCUGGGCGCAGCUACGAGCCCAUCAUGGCUAUCCUGCUGUUCUCCUGCGCGCUGGCCCUGCAUGCCAGGCAGGUGGACGUCAGGCUGCGGCUGGACUACCUCUGGGCUGCACAGGCAGAAGAGGAGCGUGAGGACAUGGAGAGGGUGAAGCUGGACAACAGGAGGAUCCUCUUCAACCUCCUGCCGGCCCACGUCGCCCAGCACUUCCUCAUGUCCAACCCCCGGAACAUGGACCUCUACUACCAGUCCUACUCCCAGGUGGGAGUCAUGUUCGCCUCCAUCCCCAACUUCAACGACUUCUACAUCGAGCUGGACGGCAACAACAUGGGGGUAGAGUGCCUGCGGCUGCUCAAUGAGAUCAUCGCUGACUUCGACAAGCUCAUGGACAAAGACUUUUACAAGGACCUAGAGAAGAUUAAAACCAUUGGGAGCACCUACAUGGCCGCGGUGGGGCUGGCGCCCACCUCGGGGACCAAGGCUAAGAAGUCCAUCUCCUCCCACCUGAGCACCCUGGCAGACUUUGCCAUUGAGAUGUUUGACGUCCUGGAUGAAAUCAACUACCAGUCUUACAACGACUUCGUCCUCCGAGUUGGCAUCAACGUCGGCCCUGUGGUGGCCGGAGUGAUUGGGGCCCGCAGGCCCCAGUACGACAUCUGGGGAAACACAGUCAACGUGGCAAGUCGAAUGGACAGCACUGGAGUUCAGGGCAGAAUCCAGGUGACUGAAGAAGUCCACCGGCUGCUGAGAAGGUGUUCCUACCACUUCGUGUGCCGAGGCAAAGUCAGUGUCAAGGGCAAGGGUGAGAUGUUGACAUAUUUUCUGGAAGGCAGGACUGAUGGAAAUGGUGCCCAGACCAGGCCCCUAGGCUUGGAGCGGAAAAUGUGUCCUUAUGGGAGAGCCAGCCUUCAGGCCAGACACCCCACUGUGUGCCCCACGGCUGGGCUCCCUGUCAGGGCUGGGCUGCCCCCACACACCCCCAGCCAGUAUGUGCCCUCCACGGCAGCUGGGAGGGAGGCUUAAUGGAGCCCAUGCUCGCCGCUGGAGGUGCACACAGGUGAGAGUGCUCUGGGGGCAACACAGGCCACUGUGGCUCCAGCCAGGACAAGCCAGUGCAGCAGAGCGGGCAGCCAGCAGCCAGGCUGCAGAAGGAGCAUUGUCCAGGCAUGGCCUGUGGCCCAGGGCCGACUACCCGGCAGAAGCAGCACUGCAGUGACUCGGUGAAGGGAGGACACCCGUGCACUCACAUCCAGGCCUCACAGGAGAUGUGUCCACUCCGUCCUCCCCCUCCGGGGCCAAGGGAGCGCUAUCUGUUUCCAGCAUGCCUUUGCAGGUUUGGCCAGGUUGGCGUCAAUGACAGGAACUUCAGAGCAUCUGCUGAGGGAGGUCUGGCUGGCAGAGCGGCUGAGACAGCUCUGUGCCUCCCCAGCCAAGGCAUAUCCCGGAGUGCAGGCGGGUCCAGCCCUGGGCAGCAGCUGCAGGAGCAGAGAGGGAAACCAGGCCUCACUAGGAGGGUCGUGAGGGCUGGGGUUGUCCACACCACAGGCACAGCAUGGAAUUGUUUGCUCUCGGACUGGAUGAUCUGGGGAGAAUUGAGAAGCUACCUCUCACUGCAUGGAGGGUGGUGGCCACCGGUUUUUCCCAAGAGUGUCUUUUUGCUAAGAGGCAGAGUAGUCUGCUGGAAUUGUCAGGGGCCUGCAGCCCCGUCUCCACAGACACGGCCUGCAUCAGAUUCUUGCUCUGCCUGUGUGUUCGCCACCUGUCCCACCUGCUGGAUCUGGCUCCUGUGAAACCUGGACAUUCCCUGCCCUGCACUGUCACUGCUGCGCUUGUUCAGAGAAGAGGGUUGGGUGUUAUUUCCUCCCCGGCCCUGUGGUAUCAUGGGUCCUGUACAUUUAGCAGCAGGGCAAGGCUGCAUUUAUGUUGGAAAUGAGCAAGUUUCCUUGAUGGACGAUGUAGUUUCCCCAGCAGAACCAGGCCUCCUAGAUAGGCUGUUUCAGAGUCGCUUCACAGUUGGCUUAUGGUCAUGAGUCCACAUGUCCCUGCUCCGGUUUGUAGGGAAAGCAACUGCAGGUGAAUGUGUCGAGAUCUGGGAACCUCCCACCUGCACAUCUGGUUGAUCACAGUGGAUAUGAAGACAAGGAUGGUGGGGAAUAGGGGUCCAGGGAUAGGACUGACCAGAAAUAGCCAGGCAAGUCCUGGCAUGUGGAGACCCUGGGUCUCAGUCAUAGGGAAGAAGGUUCUGGGGACUCACUGCUUGGAAAUGUGCUCAGAGAAGUUUCUGUGGACUGCAGAUGAGGCCUGAGCCCAUCUCUGUUCAAAGCCAGCUGGUUUGAGUUUUUAUCACUGCUCCCCAAGGGCUCUACUACCUUUCUGGGAGUCCUGACUUUUCAGAGUAGGAGCAGAGAAAAGCCUAGACUUCCUUGGAGAGUAGACCUGUGUGUGGGGCCUGCUCUGGACUGAUCCCUGUCAGGGAGCACACGGGAUGUUCUCUGGCUGCUCCUAUCAUGGUGCGUUAGAUGCGGCUUCCUGCAUGGGGAGGGCUUCACCCUGGUUUAGCCAAAUGGCAGAGUGGGGACAGCUGGGUCCUCUGCCAUAGCUGGGAGAGGCUAGGGCUGGGGGGUUUUCAGGGCAACCAGGUUGGGGCUGGCUAAGUGCCUGUUCCCAAGGGAUUUGGGGUUAGUGGUAGCAGCUCUAGCUGAGGCAGGACUGAGGACAGAGGUCCAGGAUGGAUAGCUUCUGGAAGGGCGGGUGAAAGAGGCAGGGUUGCCUAUCUGCCUGUCUUGAGGCCAUGGACCAUGGGUGGCCAAGUGAGGCUGUGGGGGGUGUGCAACCUGACUGCUCUUUUUUCUCUCCCCGGGCUGGGCUAUGGCUUCUGUGAUAUGCAAGGGGGCUGGAUGUCUGUUGGUGCCUUCCUGCAGAGUGAUUUUGACCAAGGAAGGCUCCCCUAUGGUUCCCCUAGGGAGUUGAGAGUGGAGAGUAGACAGCUUUCUUCUUCCUUGCGUGGUCCUCACGUCACCAUCCGCUCAUGCGCCCUGGUGUUCUGGCAUCACUGAUGUGGGCUGAGCUCCCAAGAAGCCCUAGGGAAAGAGAUGCUCAAGGUGGCUUCCAGGCACUAUUGGGGUAUCCACAGGAGACUGUGUUUGUGCAGAACCUCCAGGGUGCUGGCGAGGACACCUAAAAAUAGGCAGGUUCACCUCGAGGAUCCAGGCCCAUCUGAGACCUCCUCAAGCUGAGAAUCUGGCUGCCGCUCACUCUGGGCUGUCUAGGGUGGGGGUGUAGACAGAAGCGUGGCCCCCAAAGGUGUCCAUGCUGUAGACCCAGGCCCUGUGGCUAUGCUCUGUCAUUUGCAAAGAGGACUUUGAAGACAGAAUUAAGAUUAGGGAUCUUAAGAUGGGAGAGGAGUCUGGACCACCUGAGUGGGCUCAGUGUAGCCACAUGGCCGCCUUGAAGUAGAUGGAAAGAUUUGAAGCCUCACACAGAUGGCACCAUUGUUGCUGGUUUGAAGAUGAAGGCCACAGCUACUGGCUAAGGCCUCUUGACAGCCCCAGCCCUAGCCAGCAAGGAAGUGGGGACAUCACUCCCACAAUUACAGGGACCUGAAUUCGCGACAACUUGUGUGAGCCCAAAGCAGAUUGGCCCCAGAGCCUCCAGGCAGGAGCAGAGCCCAGCCUGGUGACACUUGGGUCUGGCCUGUGAGACUGGGCAGAGAGCCACCUGCCACAUGGUGUCCAGCCUGGGGUCCACAGAGCUGAGAGAUCACACAUGUGCAUCUGUGACACCACUCAAGGCUGGUCAGUCAUGCAGCAGCGAGAGGAAGCCGUCUUGGGGACCACACUUCCUUCUCUGGCACGCGACUGUUCUGCGGUGGACCCCACGGCAGCCUUGGUGAGGUCUCUGCGUCAGGGGGCAAACAUCUCCAUCAUCAGCAACUCCAAACCCCACCUGCUUCCUAUGAGUUCAGGAACUGUGUUUAGCCAUAACGUUCCCUGGGGUUUGGUGAAAAACAACUUCCUUUUUAUUUGUGAUAAAACUGUAUUAUAUUGCCUUAUUUAUUUUUAAUCGUGUACAAUAUUCAUGUACAAAUGUUAGAGCCAUUCGGGUAGGAUUCCCUCUAAGUUAUUUCUGAGGCUCUGUAAAUAGUGCACCAGUGAUGGUGCUGCCUGUUUACUGGUACCAAAAACAAAGACAAGCCCACACCCACUCCAGCCCUGCUUGGCGAUGCUGUGCCCUUUAGGAACGACCCUGUGUGCUCCCUUCCUGACCCUCGCAUGCCUCCCCGCCUGACACUGUAAAGUAGAGCACAGCCCCAAAAUGCUUCCAAAGGUCCCCCUGGGCCCUGCCCACCCCGGGCCAGGCAACUCCUGCGGGUGUUCUGUAUCCUGCAAGCGGAUGCCCCCCACAGACCCAAAAACCCAAGUUUCCAGCCCGUGUUUCUCAGACUCUAAAGCCACUGGGGCUUCUGGAACACCUGUCGUAGAAGCAAUAACUCUAACUCUAUGCUGUGGAGACGAGUCUCGUCCAAAGCAGACUGGUAAUUCAGAGACAACCCAUGCAGAUGAGUUUGCCCAAUGCCCUGGCUCUGUGGAGGGCUAUCAAUCCCAAAGCCCUCCCCCAACUCCUGAAGACCUAGUUCCAGUCUGUGGGUUGUCAGGGCUGGGCAGAGCUCAGCACUCCAGGCCUGGUGAGCAGACAGAGCUGCACCGGACCCUUCUCAGAUCAUCGUCACCACACCCCUGUCUCAGGAGAGGGAGGAAGGAGGCAAAUGACACCCCAUCCAAGAUGUGUUUAGAGAGACGAAUCUCAGUGCCAGCCUCACACUGUCUGACGUGGGGAGCUGCAGUUUGUGGCGGCAAUGUUAAAGUCUAACACUGCACGGCUUACCCAGGGUGCGCCACUUCAAGGAAAUGGUGGCAUGCUGAUGGCGGUCCCCAUUCACCCUCCACAGUGCUGGUGCUGUGUUGGAGGAGAAGAGCUCUCUGGACAUGUGUCCAGGAUUGGAGACCCAGGCCAGGCUGAUCUGGAUGUGGGAGCUUGAUCCUUGAUAUUGAGCCUGGGAGAUGAUAGACAGAAAGGUCUUACUUAAGAAACUCAGAUACCCAAAAAUAACCAUCGGCAUGGGAAUCAUUCCAUGCUCUUAGCAGCAGAGUGGGGAUGCCCAAGGCAGGUGUCCAUGGUGGGCAAAGUUGAAGGUGUGGGGAAUCAGGUAGCUUUAGCCUCCUGCACCCCGGCCCUCACUGUGCCAGGUGGGGGUCAGGGCAAGGCCAAGAUGGGGUCCGCAGCCAGAGUAGACAUUCUGGAAAGCACCGUUUGGUUCAGCGAAAGGAAGGCUCUUCUAGUUGCGAUUUCCCACAGAUGGAUUUGGGUACACUAGGUGGUCCAGCCUUGUGGUUGGGGGCAAAUGUGGCCCAGGAGGGCUCCUCCCGGAAGCUGAAGGUGUCUGUGAUUCUGGGUGAACCAAUAGCGAGUAGCUGAAGGCCUCACCCCAGGAGAGAACAGAGGCAAAGAGUGGCCCGGAAGGCCCAGGGCCCCUGAGUGGCCUGGUGGGGCUGGGGUGCCUGCAGCCUAGGGCAAGGCCCCUGCCCUCAGUGUGGACAUUUCUCCCUGCAGGGUCAGGUGCUCCAUGAGCAAGACCCCAAACAGACAUAGACAGGGGAUGUUCAGAGGCCCCGGCUUCCCCCUCACCUGGGGGGAACCGAUGGGGACACUUGGGAAAGUAUUUGAGGGAUUUCCCAUGCUCUUCUGUUUGUUCACAUCCUUACCAGAGGCAGAUCCUGUAAUAGGAUGUGAGGAAAUGUGUCACUUGUAUGGUCCAUUCCAUAAACACCACAGAUUCGAUUUCAGGUGCUGCAUUUUGGGGCUAGACUUCCUUGAAUGACAUGCAAACAUAUAAUGACUCAUACAUUUGUAUUUUUAAAUUUCCCUGAAAAUUUAAUGCAUUCUGUUCCAUAUCACAUCUGUUCCCCAUCUUAAAAAUGUUGCUCCACUCAGGCUGUGUUUGAUUCUAAUCCGUGUGCGUGCUGUGUUGCGUGUGUGCAUGUGUGUGCGCCUGUCUGUCUUGUGUGUUGUGCACGUGUCUGUGUGUUGCAUAGCAUGAGCCAAAUAAAAAUGAAGUAUUUGUUCCUGGAAUUAAGGUGGAUUCAUAUAAGGAACAAAAUUAAAUUUGAAUACAGCCAGAUGAUCUCCAUGCAGGGCAUCUGGGGAAACUGUCUCUGAGUGCCCUGCCUUGAUUUUCCUUAGAAAAUCCUCAUUAUCAGAGGAGGAGGUCUGGGCAGGAGGGGAUGAGUUAUGAGCAGGGAGCGUGCAGCAUCCAGGGCACCAAGGCAGCAUGUGACUCCCUUGAUUCAUGAGCCUCCGUCUAUAAUCCAGUGCUAACUCUUACAUUUUUAAAUAAUCAACCAUCUUAAUUAUCUACAAUAUCAGCACUAAUGUCCAGGGAUAUUGAAGCACUAAACAGGUCUCAUUUCCUUUGUUUGGUGGUUUACUUUUGGGGUUGCUGGCUGCAGGAAUUUGAAAGCAGGACCCAGAAGGGAACACAAGCAAAACUCAGGGUCACCAGCCCCUCCAUCUCCGCUCCCGGGCACUGCGAGCUGGUCUGGAGGCCGGGCCUUGUCACCUGAGUCACUGUCAGCUUCAGUCUCUCUCCCUGUGCAAUGGGAGGAGCCGCAGGGGACAGGUGCCUUGUUGGUUGGUACUUCAUAAUUGGCUGGAGAAAAACAUGUCAGUCAGGAAACUGAGCACAGGGGCAGCCAUCUGGCCCAAUGCUGUGUCCUCUACACCUAGUAGGCCCAGUCAUUUCAAGGACCGUUCCUUCAAACUUUGUAAAAUUAGUGAGUUUCCUUCUGUACGUCACCAGAUUCAACAUGUUUUGCACUAAUAACCACAGGGGAAGGGCAAUUGUAGCUCUCCUGAGGUAGUCCCCCGUGGACCUUUGGGUGGGUGUGAACACAUAUCUGGGAAACACUCAUUAUUAGUACCUAAAUCUGCUUCACAGUAACUGGGCACCUCUGUGCUCCACUCUGCAAACAGUCCACAGAGGGAGGUGAUCCUAUAACCUCAAGUUGUCCAUGAAGAAUCUUGAGGCCCAGAGAGGUUGGGGACUUGAGUAAAGUCACACAGCUCUGAGACACAGGGUCAGGAUUCAACCACUGUUCUGUCCUGUCCCAAACCCUGUGUUUCCCAUUACCGUUAGUCCCUCUUUGCGAGCAGUAAAGUCUGUAAAAACUUUGUCAGUUUUGUUGGAGAAUGCUAGCCUGUGCACACACAAGGGCCCACUGUGGUGGAGGGGACACCUGAGCAGGUGGGCUCUGAGCACAGUGUACUCUGGUCCCCGAGGGAAGUCUUGCUUCACUGCCUGUCCUUGGAGCGUGUGUCCGAGUCCUCACAUUCCUAAUUAGAGCAAUAGUGCCAAUAGCCCUUGGCCUCACAUUCCUAAUUAGAGCAACACAAUUCUUCUUGGCUAAGUCAUAUUCUUCCUUAACAACUGAUCCUGAACAAGGUAAUAAAAUGUUAGGGUUAUAAAGUUCCUCCUUCGUCAUAUCAUAUUUUAUGUUGUAAAACCAUGUUGGAGCACAACCUAUCAUUGCGUCUAAGAAGAUCCAGGAUUUCCUUAAACAAGAACAGUUGUUGUCUUUUUCUGUAAGGCCUCUCUGAUAUCGAAUAGGGAGAAACUGGGGCACCCCCAGGAGCCCCCAAACUGCACAUCAUUUCUGUACUUAGGCUGAGCCCGUCCAGGCUCCCAGUCCUGGUCAGGAGUCCCCCAAGCUGAGGGAAGGCCAUUGGUUCAGUUUGCUGUUUCUGCUCUCGUCUUUCUCCUCUGUAGAGCCGUUCACUGUUGUCAUGUACCGGUGGGGGAGGCAGCUCGGGGCGCCUUCCCAGGGAAUAUUCAGACAGCAAGAAAGGGAUUGUAACAAUCAAUAAUCAUGAUAGUGAGAAAUCUGGCAGCCGCCAGACACGAGUCCCAUUCCCUGGGCUCUGGGUUCUUGAUGAUGCCAGGCAGCUCAGACUUCCAGAGAGCUUGGUUUCCAAAAGCUUUCAGCCACUUACUGAGAAUUAAUGUUUAUGCUGAGGUGACACCCUAGACUAAGUCCCAAGAGAUCUAUCAAGUGUGGUGGGCUUUAGAAACUUGUGCAGGACGGUGCAAGAGCACGUGCUCAGAGCAUCUGCCUGUGGCACCUGCUUCCCACAGCCUGUCAGGGAAGGUGGCCCGACAGCACCCAGACCUUGUUUCUCACCUUCCACCAGCAACUCCCACCCAACUCCGGGCCCCAGCACAUGAAGCACAAGUCUCAGGGGACCAUUCCCACGUGGUGGGGAUCCUGAAGAAGCCCAUAGCUGCCUCUUGCCUCCAUGGGGAGUGUUGACACAACAGACCACCAGGAGCUCAUACACCCAGGGUAGAGAGGCCUAGGGUUUUGCCUUCAUUCCUGCCAAAACUGCACAUACGCAAGCCAUUUGCAGUCCGGAAUUGCAUGCCGUAAAAUUCCUAAUUGUGUGGAACUUAGUUUGAAUUUGAGGUCACGCAGCAGACACAGAGGGCAAGGCCCAGGCCUGCCCUUGGGUCAUCCCCCCUGUGGAGCAUCCCUGUAAGCCACAGGGAGUCUUGUGGAGCCUGAGCUUUGUGCACUUAUUAUGCACCAUCUCCCUCCAAAUGUCUCUUACUCUACCAUCCUCAUUUAUACCAAUAGCACAUCCCUGCACAAAUGAAAAUGAUGUCAUUAUUAUGACCGUCUCUUAGCUGUAGAUUCCAUUCUGAUUUAAGGUAAGCCCAAAGCCCACUAGCAGAUCUUCUUGACUCACUGAGAAAACUAAUUUAAGCUCCUACGUCCUUCGGGUUUGGUUAGACAGGGCUGUGUCCCUGAGGGGAAGGGAGAGUGGUGUGGGCAAAGGUGUCUUUUUGUCACUCAAUAAAACCCACCGUGGAUGCUUCUGUAGAAGUCAGAAACACGAUGACUCUAUUUGGAAUUACAAUAACUCACUCUCACUGGGUAACUUCUCACGAUAGAUUUGUAUGAUCAAUACGGGUCUCUUUUUAUGUCACCUGAACACUGUAGAGUACCUUCCAGUCUUUUUCAAGAUUGUUAAAUUGAGACAAGUAAUUGAAUAAUUUGUCCUAUUUUUAUUUAAAAACAAAGUGAAUGGACUGACAUGUUAAAUGUGAAUGUACAUUUCUUAAUUGCAACUUUUCUACUGAGUGUUUGCACUAUACUUUCUGGAAUCUUAUUUAACAAAAAUAAAGGAAAAAAAUUGCUUGACUAAA